GGCCUAUUCUUCAAUGCCGAAGAUACUAUACUAAAGUACUAUCAAAACUCGUUUAAGUACACGGACCGGUUUAGAUACUUAUUGCAGCCUAAGUGCACGUAGCAUCCAAUUGCUCAUCUGUAGGUUCUGAUUGAAAAAAACAUGAGUGACUGGCUGAUGGUGCUUACACUCGUAAAUAUUUUUGUUUGAAUGGUACUAGGACUUCAGUGUUUUAUUACAGAUUCAAGUUAUUUUUAAAUUAAUUAAUUAAAGUAAUUAAACUUUUCACCUUAAUCUGCUCGAGUCGGAUGAAGAAAUAUCCUGUCGUCCGAUGCACGUGUCAGCGGCUCAGCGCAGUCUAGUUUGUUUCGUAAUAUAUUGUGAAAAUAUGAUAUUUUAUUAUAUAUACGUAAAAUAUUCGCUGAGGAUGCAGGUCAAUGUAUUCAGUUAGCUGGCUUCGUGGUUCGCCGUGACUCACUUGGACAGUGGACACUGUGGAUGCAUGUGACUGAAAUAUGAAAACAGGAAUCACGAACCAGUAACGCGUCAUCGCAGACGAACUGGAACUUUAUUUAACGAUCAUCUCACCGCUUCCUGGACGAUUUCACGGCGUGUGAGGCAGUGAGAAGAAGCCCCUGAAACUCUAAUAUUGUCCCAAACGUGAUUUCAGCCUUCCAGAUACAAGAAGCAAAAUACAAUCCAUUUUUCCACGGCCAUGUACAGCAACGGUCUUAAAAUUGUGAGGUGGAUAAGUCAAUCAAGUUCAAAACACUGACACUCAGUAUAACACGGGAAUAUUCCUCAGGCACACAAGAAGAUAGACCCGUUUUAAUAUCAUGUACCUUAAUGUUUUUUUUUUAACUGUAGUGCGAAUUAACCGGAAAUCCCUGCCAGCACUCCUCGCCAACAAUGCUUUACACGAUGGCUAAGGUCGGUUUACACUCCUUACACUACAACAAUGCUUUACAUUUUAGUUUACACAGUGGCUUUACACUCCUGGUUGUACUGCUGGCGUCAGAGGCAGCAUCGCAAGCUCCCCCUGCCGUGCCGUUUGUGUCGUCUUGCACUUACCACACACAGGACCUGGCCGACUGUCCUACCUUCUCAUUACGAGCUCUUCAUGGCGCCAACGACACGUCUGCUUGUUAUGCCGCGACAUUCAGUCAAUACCAAGAAUAUCGGUUCUAUAUUUAUUCUAGAAGUGCUUUCCAUAUAGAGUUCGAAGUGAGGUUCAAUCCGACGUUACGCGUUGUCAUGACUGCUUCCUUCGAUGAUAAGUGGAAUGGUGAGCUGACCCGCUGGAGUGAAUUUAUGGUGAAAGUCGAUGAAAAGUUGGGUUUAAUAUUAAAGUUAGAUGAUAAUUUGGUACAGAAAGUAAAGUGUUUCGCCAGCGCUGCUGAGGAGUUGUGCUCAUCUUUCAAGGAGUCCAUCGGCGUGUUCCAGAUGACGAUGUAUCUGCGAGGAGACGACGUCUGGUGGACGCCAUAUUGCAACCCUCAAGACGAGCCGCCACCUCUCGUGAAUUUACAUUGCAGCACUGCAGGAUUUACAGCUCUGUUAACUGUGUGUAUUAUUUUGCUUGCAGCAUUUGUGGGGUUGUUGACUUUUGUGUGCACCAAGCCUCACUGGCAGGCCAUCAAGAACUGGUUCACUGAGAACCGCUACAAGUGCGAUCUCACUCUCCGCCCUACUAUAUUGCGGCCUGAUACAAGAAUUGCGAUCUACACCAACGACAAUGUUUGAGCUAAUCUAUAAGGUUUUUUCAGCCUCGUAUGGUAUUUCCUGUAAAAAAAUCAUAUUUUAGAGCAACCUUUAGUCGAUAGUUAACGAUAACGUAGAUAAGUAUUUGUUUAGUCUUAAACUAAAUUUUUUAUUUCAUUGUUUUCUAAUACAUAUUAGUCCCUAUUUCCUAGUCUCCAACCUUUGACGUAGUCAGAAGGAUUAUUACUAAAUAAAUUAAAGAAAAUAUUA